AUGCAGCCAGCAGAGGAUAGACCUCACGAACCACCCCUAUCAUCGACAGGCCACCCUCUCCCCCGACGAUCUUCACCAGAAAACUCCAUCACGCUGCGACACCACCAACUCGCCCACGAUGCCUCCAUGAAAGCAAACCGCGGCCCAGGUCCGCCGAAUCAAGGCGGCCAAGAUUCACCAUCGCCUCGUCGGGCUUCAUCGGGGGAGAGUCACGAAACUGGCCAGAGUGAUGCCAAGAAGUGGUUCAACCAGUCCAACCAAAAUCCAACGGCUACCUUUGACAGCAACGCCAUGGAUGUUGAUCCGCCAUUCUUCCAAAAAGAAUCAGACUCCUCCAACGAAGACAAGCCCUAUCAAUUUCAACCAGCCUUGCCUCGGCUCCAGUCUAAAGCCCGUAGUAGCAGUGCUGAUGACUACCGAAGCGUCAUCGACGAUCUCACCGUGGAGAUCCAAAAGUUGAAGGAAGAGUUGAAGCGCUACAGGCAGCACGGCCCUGAUAUGCUUCGGAAAGACAAACUAUUUGAAAUCAAGAUACAUGGGCUACCGAAGAGGAAAAAACGUGAACUGGAGGCCACGCUCCGAGACUUUACAGCGAGUUUGGGAGACUCGCCCGAUACCUCUUCGUCUCAGCGUAACAAAAAAUCGUCGAGGCAUGCCACGCGCGAUCGGAUGUAUGCUGGUUCAGGCUCAAAGUCACAGUCGAAGCAUGCUUCGUCGUCGUCUGGAUCGCAUACAAGACCAGUUGACUCUGCCUACGCGUCCAUGUCGACUGGUGCUGGCUCCUCUGGGACCUCGUUAAAUAGACCUCAAGGAGGCUCGCGGUUCAAGACGAACGACCAGAAAGUAGAGAACUACUUGCGCGAAAUCCCCGAGGGACUGUAUCCCCGUUUUGUCGCUAUGACAGAAAAAGAAAAAAAGAAACUAGUGGUCAGGCGUCUUGAGCAAAUAUUCACGGGGAAAAUCGGAGGCAAGCAUGUUCGUCGGAACCAGCCCCUUCGACCGCCUGCCAUAUCCACCAUCCCACCACCAGUACAGGCGAUAUCGGGCAAUCCGUCUCCCCAGAGGUCAUCUCUGGUGCAGCAGCCAAAGCCUGGCCUGACUGCCAAUACCAGUGGUAACUCCAAUCCUGCACUGGAACCUAUGCGCGAAGCUCGAAUUCUUCCCCAGGAACAUCAAUCCGGACAUACGGGGAAAAAGAGCAGAUCUCAAGACAUGGGCUCAGCGUCCAACUCUAACGAAGAUCAAACCGAAUCAGGGGGCAACGGCAACAGUAGUGGCAACGGCAACGGCAACGGCUCAGGGACGAAUACGUCGCCGCCUAUGCCGCCGCCUCCCGAGCAGCGACCCACGAGGCCCAGGGAUCUCGAUCCUGAUCGCGUCCAGAUCCCGUCCGAGAAUAUGGAGUACAUAAGGCAUUUGGGUCUUGUCCCUCCAGAGCUACUCUCCAGCCCUCCAGAACGGCUAAAUGACGACGUUCACCCUGACGAGGAGGGCUGGGUGUAUUUGAAUCUCCUCUGCAACAUGGCGCAAUUGCACAUUAUGAAUGUCACUCCGGACUUUGUACGGAAUGCCGUCGUAGACAUGAGCGCAAAGUUUCAGCUCUCGCCAGAUGGCCGAAAAAUAAGAUGGCGCGGUGGUACAGACGGCACCAAAUUCAGUAGCGAUAGUUCAGGCGACCAUUCUCAGCGGAGCCCAGAAACGGAUGACACGGACACAAAAGCCGACCACCACAAGAGACAGAAGACCGGUUACUCAACCGGAGAUUCUGGGAGCUCAGGCAAUAACUUAUCCAAAUUUGGACCACAAGUUUCGGCCUCAUCCGAGAGCUUCCACUACAAACCUCUGUUCCUUCAUCAGCAGUCGCCCCAGGAGCAAUCGUCGAUGGAGGAUGGCACGCUAUCGUCUUUCGGUCCCAUCGAGGAGAGUAAUGCCGACUCGCGGUGGGGCCAGAGCGGCUCUGGUGCCUCAAAUCGUCGUAAACGUCGUCGCGAUGGUGCUAUCAUCUACUAUAGUGGUGCUCCGUUUUGUACCGACUUAUCUGGAGAUCCAGGAGAUAUAUCGCCAACAACGUACAUGCUAUCGAGCGGUAGGGAGCGGUUGGACCCUCAGGUGCAGUUUGUCCGGCCGAUACCCUUUCGAUCGGGAUCAGGAUCUUCGAUGACUAGGCGGCCGUUGAGUGAUGCUAAUCUUGACCUUGGUUCCGUACCCAAAUUGGAUGUCAGCGAUGAGGUUGGCGUGCCCGAACUGGUAACUGACUCAGGAGAUGAAUCUAGUGACCUCAGCAUGGAGUUUCCUUGGAGUGAUGCACAACAAAUACUUGAAGUUCGCCCCCUUGAACCAUGUGGUCUGGGUGGUGUGCUGCCAGAGGAUCACUUCAUGGUGGUGGUUACGACCAGGCGAUCGAAGCUUGAUGCAUAUGUCGGUCAGAGGAGUGUGGGUCAACCCAAGUUGUCCGAAGAAACGACAGAUCACAUCAUCAAUCGGCUAGCCACAAUGUCAACUUCGUCGCCUCGCUUGUCUGUUCGCCGACUGCCGAAGAUGGAUGAUCCGUCGAAAGUCAAGAUUGAAUACCUUUCGGGCCGCAUCAAGCGCCUGAAUCCAGUACCACUUCCUCCGCCUGUCAUAUUUUUCCCACCUUUUAGUGCAGGAUCGUGGUCGGAGGACGAGUUUGGAUCCGAUGGAGAUGAUGAAUUCAAUUCCUCAGAAGGACUUAUGAGCCGACGAGCAAACCCGCAUGAGUCGGAUGAUUAUCCCGACGGUGUAGACUUGAGCAGUGGCGAUGAAGAUGGAGAAGAGCCCGAUGACGAUAUUGACAUGACGAGGAAUGAGGGGCGAGAUAGCAGCUUGGAUGACAUUUCACAGCAGGGACUUGGUCGGGUCCCACUCGGAUCACGGGGUAGCACCGAGGCAGUCCCAGGAACUAUUCGUGGAAGAAGCAAAAGCGCUAGCGCCGAGGCAGUUCUCCGCGCAGGAGGCAGUUCUGCAGCCACUGCAGGAGGCGUCGAGAGCGAUUAUAGCAGCAGCUCCAAGAAGAGCGGCUGA